UCCUCUUCUUCUAAACCAGCCCUCUUUCACUCCCACUGGCUGUGUUGUCCCCCUCACCGCCUUUCAUGAAGAUACCUUACCACACGACUUCAGCACUCAGACCUCGCCGCGGGAAUUUCUGCAUCCACUAAACGAACAAUUUCAAACUUUUCUUUCGUAUUAAGCGUCUCUCGUUUACAGCUCGGCGGUUUGGUGUCUGGCUGCUGGAAAAGUGAAGUUCAGGCUCAUACACGCUGUGUCAGAGGUGUAUUAUUGCUCUGGUUGUUCACCACUUGCAUGUCAAUCUUCCAGAAAGUCGCGCGCGAGGACUGACUUGAGAUUAUUAGGCGCUUGUUUAACAGAUAACCGUGGAAAUACAACUCGACGUGGACCUCCUGAAACUGGACUUCGGAGAUGAUCUGAGGGUACUCUGCAGUUUGAACCAUGUGAAGCGGGAGCUGUUGUGGAAAUUUCGUUGAUUUUUGAGUGAGACUGACUGACUGUUGAAUCAAUGUGGUGUUUGCCGAAGUUACGUGUGGCCCGAAACUCACCUAAACGUUGACACGUCUUGGGAGUGAUGCACUGGCUUCCCCUGGUUGCCAUGGUGAUCGCCUCGGCCCUGCCUUUCCCUCAAAGUCCUGUGCCCAGGCUUGUUGCCGCGACGAUAGAGCCUGGCAGAAACGACAGCAACAGCACCAGUGUCCCGAAAGCUGAGACCAACUCAUCAGUGGACAACCACCUUCAUGGUGCUGUUUCUGACAACAACUACAGCACACCUGAUGUAGCUCCUCACAGAACAGAGGACGGCCGUAUAUCCAAGGGUAGAGCAAGCCAAGAGAAUCUUUUAACACAGCACAACCUUUUCAAUAACACAAAGCAGGACUACACAGGUGGAGGAGAUAGGACUACCAGAGAAGAUGUAUCCAGGACGCAUGAUCAUAGGAAAUACAAAUCACAAAAGAACUUGGUCGAAAAGGCCAAUUUUGGGCAGCUUGACCGUAGACAGUUACACGAAGAAAGUAGUGUUGAGACUUUUCUUAAAGAUGACACGAAUGCAAGAAAUAAACCUCUUGAAGGUCUUAAGGCACCUGUGCAGGACCACCAGGACGAAGUUCAACCACAAGGGAAAGAGUUUGAAAUGGAUCCAGGCUUUCGGAUCGAAGAAGAUCAGCUGGUUUUGCUGGACGCCCAUCCUCGAGUGCUCUUCUCCUCGGGUCUUUCCCCACCCAAACAUCCACCUCUGCUCUUAAUGCUGGAGUUGGGCUUGUUGGCCAGUGAUGAGGUAGAGGACGGGGAAAGCCACACAAUGGAUUCUACGACACCUAGUCAUGGAGGUGACAAAGAGGCAUACAGGAACUUACUCUUGGGUGUUUCUGAUUCUGCUGGCCACAUUCCUAGAGCCCGCCGCAAGCGACAGGUCGACCAAUACACACAAGGCCGUGAGCGCUCUGUGUGUGAGGCCGAAAGCGGGUGGGUGACUGACAAGAAAACCUCAGUGGACCAUCGUGGAAAUAAUGUCACUAUUAUGGGUAACAUCCCGACCCAGGCAAAGCCACUGAAGCAGUACUUCUACGAAACAAGGUGCCGCGUGUCAGGAAACGGCAGUGGGCAAGGGGUGGAGGGGGCAGGCUGCUUGGGGGUGGAUAAAAAACACUGGUUGAGCAGGUGCGAAACCAAACAGUCAUAUGUACGUGCCCUCACCUUGGAUGUCAACAUGAAGGUAGGGUGGAGGUGGAUCCGUAUCAACUCCUCCUGCGUUUGUGUGCUGCUCAGCAGAGGAAAGUACAACACUGAUAGGACGCUCGAAAAGGGAGGAGAGCAAGAAGGCAGAAGGUUCAGUUAGUAUGGACUUUCUUGAAGGAAGGAUUGACAGGUUAUGUGAAUGUUUAAGAGUGUUUAAGGGACUGCGUCUAUUCUGGUUCACUGUGUGGGGGAUAUUUCCUUUCCAGAUGUUACUACAUAUCACUUGACAAAGCCUUAUUGCUGUACCCUAGUGAGGGAUAAUCAUGAAAAUGAAAACCUUUUUACCUUCAAGUUGCCCUCAGAACCUGUAGUGAUUUGGAACACAAAAGGAUACUGUGGCACCAGAAAGUUUUUCAUUACUUAAGUCACUCUUAAAAAUGUCUGAAUUUUACUGCAUUCCAUCAGGAGUGUCUGGAUUUGUUCCCAGAGGGGCACUGUUCAGUAGAGUUUAGCUCCAGCCUUAGACUGGGACCUUCAAAGCAAUAGUGUUGGAAGUAAAAUGUGCAGAAAAGUGGCCUUAAAUAAGCAGAAUAAGACACCCCUGCAUUACUGAAUACCCCCUCAAAAAAAGAUGCUUGAAGUUUUCUCUUAAUUUACCAGGGUUUUUGGCCCUGUUUAUGUUUGGUUUUGGAUGCAUUUUGUUGAUAACGAGAAGAUAAGGUAGACGCAUUCCUGUUGACCUGCUGACUCUUUUGUCCAUUUUUAACCACUUGCCUUUUUCUGAUGUCCAAAAUAUAAUGUGCAUAUUUUUAAAUGAAAUGAAAUGGAGAGGUUAUCCACAAAACUCUACAGAAAAAUGCGGUUUUGAGUUAGAAUCAGUAAAAUAACAGUCAGUUAGACUGGUGAAGGAAGAUUGGGCUUUACAAUAUGAAAAAAAAAAAGUUGACUAAAUUUGCCCUAAAAGGAUCUUUAGGCAACCGUAUGGCAUCACUGUAAGUGUGAAGUGGUUGAAAGUGGACAAGCUCAAGGAGUUUAGAGUCAAUCACAUACAUCAAAUUCGUACAGAUGCCCUGGCAGAUUAACAAUUGUAACAAUCACGUAUCAACACACAGCAAGACUAUUAAAAUGCAUUUAUUUUUUCAAAUCCCUAUUGUAGGGGUCCUAUUGUGCUCUAUUUUGGCAGUAUGCUAGAAUGGGGUCUUAUGCUUGGUGGGUUAAAAACACAUUAUUUUUUACUAUAUUACAAUACCUUUCUACCCAGCACAAAUGGCUUAAUUAGUUCCGGGUCAGACAAAGAUCAGAACUUACCAGUGUUUUCAAUGAUAUAAGGUUUGCUUUGGGUUGCAGACAUUUGAAUCCAUAUACUGUAUGUACAGUUACUCAACAGUCAUUGAGUACUCAACAGACACUCUUUAGGAAACUAGAAUGUGAACUCUACUAUCUAUCAGUUAAACCAGACAUGUACUAUAGUUAAACCAAAAUUAUACUAUCAGUUAAACCAGGCACUAUUUUAUAAGAUGACGAAUUGACAUGUUGUAAAUCCAGCAGCUCUAAUCUCUCCACCGCAGAUUAACAUAGUGUUACUCAUCAUAAACUAAUAUAAUCAUUAUUAAUGAGGAUAAAAUGUCAUUUAAAAACUAAAUACACGUCCUUACACAUAUUUGAGAAUUGGAAAAUCAGAUUUUUCACAAAGUAAUCAAUUGGAGCCAAGAAUACUGGUCAAGAGGAUUGAGCAGAACAUUUGCAUGCUCGGAUAUAGCAAGACAUAUUACAACGCUAUUGUUGUUUUGCCCCUCCCCACCAACCAUUCGAAUUUCCAUAGGUGGAAUUUGAGCUUUUUUGUGUUAUCAUAAACUCUGGAAAACAAAGCUUGUAGUCUAAAUGAGCUGUUCAUUGUAGUUCUUUAUAUUUAUAAAACUAAAUAUCUCCCUUUGGAGUAGAAUAGACUUUUGAGACUUGUAAUUUUGAAGAUGUUUUUUAUAUUCCCAAGUAUACAUGCUACACACUGACCAACAUUUAAAAAGCAUAAUAGGACCCCUUUAAGUAGACAUUGGUAUAAUGCAGUGCCUCUGGGCAGCUAUUUUGGGCAUGCAAGACCAACUUUUUGAACAGUGAAUUCACAAACGUUAUGCAAACUCAGAAUUGAACAAUAUUUCAAAUCAGCUAUAAAAUCUGAUAUGAACUAUUUUUUGAGAUAAAACACAUGGUGCCUUUGGUUCAGGUUGGUCACGCAAAUGGCUAUGCACUGUCCCAAGCGUGAGGUUCCCAGCAAACAAUUUUGUGUUUAAUAGACGUCUAAUAGACAUCUAAACAUAGUUAGCUUGGCUAAAACAAGGCUAAACUUGGGUUGUCAGUGAACAUCUAAUAGACAUCUAAGAAUAGCCCAAAACUAGACUAGUCAUCAAAUAGACAGAUUAGACAGACUUUAUAUGUGUAGUCAUUCAUUUCUGUUUAUUUGAUGACUAGUCUAGAGUUGGCCUAUUCAUAGACAUCUAUUAGAUUUUCACUGAAUUUAGCCUUGUUUUAGCUGAGGCGACUAUGUUUAGAUGUCUAUUAGACAUCUUUUAAAAACAAAAAAAUGCUUGCUGGUUAGCUCUUGAAAUGCAGGUGGGACUAUUCCAUUAUAUUGCACAAAAGUGUUCCUCCAAGUCGCAGCAACAUUCAAGUCUUUGUGCCUUUACUUCAAGUGAUAUGAGGUUUGAAGCGAUUGUAAGUGAGGUUAUGAUGAUCCACAUCUCACUAGGCCAGUGUGUAAACUCACGGAAACAAGAAAACCUCAUUACAGAGACCCAUUUUCCCCCCAUACUUUUCGUAUAUUGUGUUACAUUUGUUUUUAUUGUAUCUUUAGUAUACAGACAAUAAGUUAUUACUUUUGAAUUAGUAUGUAAGCGUAAGUACUUGAUAUUAAUAUAUUUCUUCAUAAAUGUACAAUAUGUGAAACCUAUACUUCAUGCAGAUAUAUGUGUAUUUAUAACAACCUUAAACGAUUGAGGAUUUGCCUUUGGUGGGGAUUACGGAUAAAGCUGCGGUCACACUGCACUUUUCUCUCCAUUGACUUCCAUUCAUACGCACACGAAUGCAUCAGACCAAACACGCAAGGUCAUGCGGCAAGUUUCACAGUUUUUCGGAAAGUUCAAGCUUGGUGAACUCUGACCUGCGAAAUCGCAUCACAUGAUUGCGUGAGAUGAAUCGAAGAUUAAAACAUGACCUCUCUGGACAGAAAUUUAAAACAUGGAUCAAUUGCUCACUUUUUUUUGACGUCUAAUCAUCUUGUUUAAUCCCGCCCCUUUUCGCAGCGCCGUACGACAGAAUUUCGCAUGCUCAAACUCUAGUGUGACCGCAGCUUAACUCGUAAGUGCCUCGCUGAAUUGGACUGACAGUUCACCAAUGUACAGCAGUCAGAAAAUAAUAUCGGAUGAAAGAAUCUGUAGUCCAAUCCCCUGAUUACUGUAUUAAGAAAGCUGCCGAUGUCAGUUCACAGGGUUUGAUGUCAUUUUUCACAUUGUAACAAAGUAUUAUGUAAUCUUUGUACGGUAGACACUUUUGUAUACGGACGUUUUUUUUACAAUGUAGAUGAAAAAGCAGGAGGGGCUUUAGCGAAAUACAAAACGCAAUAUAUGUUUGUAGUUUCUUUUGUAAUAAAAAACCCAGCAAGUA